AUGUUAUAUGGUCCGCCUGCGACUGGUCUGGACUACCGGUUGUAUCAAACUCCUCAAUCUUCGCCAUCACCAGGUCCUCCGCCAACUCUAUCACUCAGGCGGGCUAAGAGAGCGAAGAGAGCGAAGAGAGCCAGGAGAGGCAAGAAACGUCGAGCUUCCGAAGUUGAAGGUCUUGAGGAAUCAACACGCAAAACAAAACAUCGUCUCCGCUCUCUGGCAGAUACUGAAGCAAUGGAAAGCCUCCAUGAGCUUUUACCAGCUCUUUCUAACCAACAUGUGGAAGUCUGGGUCUCAAAUGUACGAGCGGGACCACCUCCACCGUACAGCAGCCACGAUUUUGAUUCGCGCGGUCCCCUCGGGUCGAGUCUCACCUCCGAGUUCAUGCACCAAAGAUUCGCACCACGGUUCAUUUCGUCUCGCGGUAAUGAGUACUUUUGCGAAAUCGACGAAGAUUAUCUCACCGAUCGAUUCAACCUUACAGGACUUCAAACGGAGGUUCAAUAUUAUCAAUAUGCGUUGGAUUUAGUGACGGAUGUCUUUGAUUUAGAUUGUGAUGAUGAGAUGAGAGAGACUAUUGAGAAGUCAGCGAGACAUCUAUACGGUUUAGUUCAUGCUCGUUAUAUCGUUACGACUAGAGGAUUGGCAAAAAUGCUUGAGAAAUACAAGAAAGCUGACUUUGGAAAAUGUCCUCGAGUUAUGUGUAAAUCACAUCCACUUCUCCCCAUGGGACAAAGCGACAAUCCAAACAUCAAAGCCGUCAAACUUUACUGUUCUCGUUGUGAAGAUAUCUAUAAUCCUAAAUCCUCUCGACAUUCUGCAAUUGAUGGCGCAUAUUUCGGAACAUCGUUUCACAAUAUUUUAUUCCAGGUCUAUCCGGCUAUGAUCCCAGCGAAGAGUUAUGAUCGAUAUGUACCACGAAUUUAUGGAUUCAAAGUACAUGCGCCUGCAGCUUUGAUUCGAUGGCAAAAUGGAGAAAGGGAUGAGAUGAGGAGACGUUUGAGGAAGUUGGAUAUUGAUAGUGGAUUCAAGGAUGAGGAUGGUGAGGAAGUAGAGGAGAGUGAAGAAGAAGAUGACGAUGAGGAUCUUGAGGGAUUGGACAAAGAGCUGGUGGAGAAUGGAGUUCAGCCAGAGGGCGUGCCUAAUGUUGGGAGAUAUUAG